GGCCAGUACUGCGACAUCUGCUCGUCCGCAAACAGCAACAAGGCCCACCCCAUAACAAAUGCCAUUGACGGGACAGAGCGCUGGUGGCAGAGUCCCCCUCUCUCUCGGGGGCUGGAGUUCAACCAGGUCAAUGUCACUUUGGACCUUGGACAGCUCUUCCACGUGGCGUAUGUCCUGAUCAAAUUUGCCAAUUCCCCUCGUCCUGACCUCUGGGUGUUGGAGCGAUCUACUGACUUUGGCCUUACCUACGAGCCCUGGCAGUAUUUUGCCUCUUCCAAGAGGGACUGCAUUGAGAAGUUUGGACUGCAAACCGUGGAUCGUAUCACCAAGGACGAUCAUGCCAUCUGCACUACUGAAUACUCCCGGAUCGUGCCUUUAGAAAAUGGGGAGAUUGUUGUCUCUCUGGUAAAUGGACGCCCAGGAGCCAUGAAUUUCUCCUACUCUCCUCUCCUGCGGAAUUUCACGAAAGCCACCAACAUCAGACUGCGCUUCCUGCAGACAAACACUCUGCUUGGGCACCUGAUGGGCAAAGCUUUAAGGGACCCCACAGUGACAAGGAGGUAUUACUACAGCAUCAAAGAUAUCAGCAUUGGAGGGCGUUGUGUCUGCCAUGGCCAUGCAGACGUCUGUGAUGCCAAAGACCCUAAUGAUCCUUACAGGCUGCAGUGCGACUGCCAGCACAACACCUGCGGUGGGUCCUGCGAUCGCUGCUGCCCUGGCUUCAACCAGUUCCCCUGGAAGCCCGCCACCGCCGACAGCGCAAACGAAUGCCAGCCUUGCAAUUGCAACAGCCAUGCCUACGACUGCUACUACGACCCGGAGGUGGAUCGCCACAAAGCCAGCAAAAGUCGUGAGGACACAUUUGAAGGGGGAGGUGUUUGCAUUGACUGUCAGCAUCACACCACUGGCAUUAACUGUGAGAGGUGCAUCCCAGGAUACUACCGGUCCCCUGACCACCCGAUCGACUCUCCAUAUGUUUGCUACCGCUGUAACUGCGAGUCUGACUUCACCGACGGCACCUGCGAGGACCUCACCGGCCGCUGUUACUGCAAGCCCAACUACACCGGGGAGCACUGUGACGCCUGUGCCGAGGGAUACGUCAACUUCCCCCACUGCUACCCUGUUCCAGCUUUUGCUUCCAAUGAUACUGGAGAACAAGUGCUUCCUGCAGGACAGAUAAUAAACUGUGACUGCUACGCCGGUGGGACAGAAGGCAACGCCUGUCGCAGAGACCCUCGCGUGGGGAUGUGCGUGUGCAAAGCCAACUUCCAGGGAACACACUGCGACCAGUGUGCUCCAGGCCACUACGGACCCAGCUGCCAGCCCUGCCAGUGCUCCGGCCCCGGUCAGUAUGAUGGCACCUGUGACAGCGAGACAGGGCAGUGUCUGUGUCGAACAGGAUUUGAAGGGCAGUUGUGUAACCAGUGUGCUCCCGGCUACUUCAACUACCCUCUGUGCCAGCUGUGCGGCUGCAGCGCGGUCGGGACGCUGCCGGGAGGCUGCGACUCUCUGGGGAGGUGUUUCUGCAGAGCCGAGUUUGCUGGGCCACGGUGCGAGCAGUGCAGCCCUGGGCACCACUCCUACCCCCACUGCUACGCUUGCUCCUGCGAUUCCCGGGGUGCGGUGGACAACGACUGCAGCCCAGCUGGCCAGUGCCGAUGCCACGCAAAUUUUGCGGGACAUACCUGCAGCCAGUGUGCCCUGGGCUUCUACGGGUACCCCAGCUGCACACCUUGUCAGUGCUCCCAGGAGGGCUCUCUGCACAGCACCUGCGACCAGGAGACGGGGCAGUGCAGCUGCCGGCCCGGAGUGACGGGAUUGCGCUGCGAGAGCUGCGUGCCGGGCGCCUAUGGAUUUCCACACUGUGAAGUGGGCUCCUGUAACCCAGCAGGGUUGGUGACUGCAGAUCCCUCACUGGCCCCAGGCUCCUGCGCGUGUCGGGCGUACGUUGAAGGCCCAGCUUGUGACAGAUGCAAACCCUUAUACUGGAACCUGACUCCAGAGAACCCGUACGGCUGCACGAGCUGCAAGUGUGAUACCAAGGGCACCCUCAGCGGAAUCGCAGAGUGCCAGCAGGGCGAUGGGCAGUGUUUCUGCAAACCGAACAUCUGCGGCCAGUUCUGCUCGACGUGCAAAGACGGCUACUUCAAUAUGGAGAAUGCAAAUUACUUUGGCUGCCAAGGCUGCCGGUGUGACGUUGGCGGGUCCCUGGGGCCAUCCUGCGAGGAGCGGAGUGGAGCCUGUCGCUGCCGGCAGAGCACCCGCGGAGCCACCUGCACCCAACCCGCACGUGACCAUUACUUCCCUGACCUUCACCACUUGAAAUUCGAGCUGGAGGAAGGCACCACACUGGCCGGGCGGGCUGUGCGGUUCGGCUACAACCCCUUGGAGUUCGAGGGCUUCAGCUGGCGAGGAUACGCACAGAUGUCCUCCAUCCAGCCCAAGGUAGUGGUGACUCUCAAUGUGACUUCCCCCGACCUCUUCCGCCUCGUCUUCCGCUACGUCAGCCGGGGGCCCGCCAGUGUGGAAGGGAGGGUCUCGGUCGUUGAGGAAGGAAAGUUUAAUGUUUGUGGCAACUGUACAGAGCAGACCAAGCAGAUUGUCUUUGCUCCCAGCACGGAGCCAGCCUUUGUCACCGUCCCCCAGAACAGCUUUGGGGAGCCCUUCGUACUCAACCCCAACACCUGGUCUCUGGUUGUUGAAGCAGAGGGCGUGUUGCUGGAUUAUCUGGUUUUGCUACCCAGCUCGUACUAUGAAGCUCCAAUCCUGCAGCUGAAGGUCACAGAGCCGUGUACCUACCAGCCAGCCCCAGAACAAGCCACACAGAACUGCCUCUUGUAUAAGUACCUGUCCGUGGAUGGCUUCCCUGCUGCGUCAGGGGUGGACGCGGUGUGCAGGCUGGACAACCGGUUACCCAGAGCGUGUCCCGCAGCGCAGCUCACCCCCUCCCAUCCCCGGAUGGCGACGUGCAGCGGCAGUGAUGUGGAAGUCCAGCUCUCCCUUCCUGUUGCCCAGCCGGGGAAGUACGUGCUGGUGGUGGAGUACGCCAACACCAACGCCUUGCAGACGGUGGGCAUUGCUGUGAGCUCGCCACACUUAGCCAUGCAGCAGGGCACAUUCAUCUUCUACCCCUGUGCCUACAGUUUCCUUUGUCGAGGGAUUGCUGUAGAUUCCCAGAGCCGCAUGGCAACUUUUGAGCUGACCUCAGAGGCCACCAUUCGCUUCACAUCUGAUCUGGCUGACUUCUUCCUGCACAAAGUGUACCUCAUCCCUGCUGCACAGUUCACCAUGGAGUUCAUUGAGCCGAAGGUGCAUUGCAUCAGCGUCCAUGGCACGUUCUCAUCCAACAGCAGCUCCUGUGUUCCCUCAAGGUUCCUGAAGCUUUCUCAGUCAAUUAUUUUGGAGGGGGGCCAGGCUCUGCCCAUUGCUCCUGACAUCCCCCUGGCUCAGGCUGUUCAUGUGGCUCUAGCUGGGGUCCCAGUGGAGCCUGCACCUCGGCCUCCCACGGCUGUGGACCCUGCUGCAGAGCUCAUCCUCCUGCAGCCACCGCAGGCUGCUGUUGCAUUUAACAGUCGGAUCCAGACCCUGGGACGCUACGCUUUCAUCCUACACUACUACCAGCCCAACCACCCCACCUUCCCCGUGGAAGUGUUAAUCAACGGUGGGCGCAUCUGGCAAGGUCAGACCAGUGCUGCUUUCUGCCCACAUGGCUAUGGGUGCCGGAGCCUGGUAGUUUCUGAGGAUCAGAUUAUCCUGGAUGUUACUGAUAAUGAUCUGACUGUCGUCGUUCGUGUGCCAGAGGGCAAGCAGCUGUGGCUGGAUUACAUCCUUGUGGUCCCUGAGGACAGCUACACCUCUCAGUACCUGCAAGAGGAACCCUUGGACAAGUCCUAUGACUUCAUCAGCAGCUGUGGCAUCAACAGCUUCUACAUCAACCCCAGCACAUCGUCGAGGUUCUGCCGUGACUCUGCCAUCUCGCUCUCCCUCUUCUACAACAACGGGGCACAGCCCUGCCGGUGCCAUGAGGCCGGGGCGCGAGGCAGCCAGUGCGAGCCCUUUGGCGGGCAGUGUCCCUGCAAGUCCAACGUCAUCGGGCGAGAGUGCUCCCGCUGUGCCACCGGCUACUGGGGCUUUCCCAACUGCAGGCCCUGCGACUGUGGCACACGUCUCUGCGACGAAGUGACAGGGCAGUGCAUUUGCCCUCCGCACACCCUGAAGCCAGAGUGUGUUGUCUGCGAGCCCCAGACCUUUGGCUGCCAUCCCCUUGUCGGCUGCGAGGACUGCAAUUGCUCUCGGCCCGGUGUGCAGGAGCUGACGGAGCCAGGCUGCGAUGUGGACAGCGGGCAGUGCAGGUGCAAGCCCAACAUCAUCGGGCGACAGUGUGACCUCUGUGCCCCUGGCUACUACCACUACCCCAACUGCCGGCCGUGUGACUGCCACCAGGCUGGCACUGCAGCGAGCGUGUGCGACCCGGUCACGGGGCAGUGUCACUGCAAGGAAAAUGUGGAGGGCCCGAGGUGUGACCAGUGCCGCCUGGGAACAUUUUCUUUGGAGGCCAGCAACCCCAAGGGCUGCACCAAGUGCUUCUGCUUUGGCGCGACCGAUCGGUGCCGCAGUGCUGAGAAGCACCGAGCUGAGUUCGUUGACAUGAACGGGUGGCUCUUGUUGAGCAGCGACCGCCUGGAAGUGCCGACGACCCUGAGCCUGCGGGAGCAGCUCCUCCACGCUGAUCUCAAGAACCUCCCGGAUGCCUACCAGGACCUCUACUGGGUUGCACCCAGCUCCUACCUUGGGGACCGCGUUUCCUCCUACGGUGGACACCUGCGCUAUGAGCUGCACUCCAACCCUCGGAGGGGUGAUGUCUUCAUCCCCAUGGAGUCACGCCCGGAUGUGAUCCUGAAGGGAAAUCAGAUGAGCAUCAUGUUUCUGGAAGGCACGUACCCGUCCCCAGGGGAGGUACAUGAGGGCCAGCUGCAGCUGGUGGAGGGUAACUUCCGGCACACAGAGACGCACAACCCUGUGUCCAGAGAAGAGCUCAUGAUGGUGCUGGCAAACCUGGAACAGCUGCAGAUCCGGGCCCUCUUCUCCCAGCUCUCUUCAUCCGUGUCCCUGCGCCGCGUGGUCCUGGAGAUGGCAACAGAUACAGCUACUGGCAUCCGCGCCAGCAACGUGGAGCUGUGCUUUUGCCCAGCUAACUACCAGGGGGACUCCUGCCAGGAAUGUGCUCCAGGUUACUACAGGGACACCAAGGGGCUCUUUCUGGGAAAAUGCAUCCCAUGUCAUUGCAACGGCCACUCAGAUCAGUGCUUGCCAGGCUCGGGGAUAUGCCUUAACUGCCAGCAUAACACAGAGGGAGACCACUGUGAGCGAUGCAAGGAUGGCUAUGUGGGCAGCCACUCUGCCGAAGAACCUCUACAGUGUGUUGGAUGUCCAUGCCCUCUUUCAGUUGCCUCCAACAAUUUUGCCGUCGGUUGUGUCCGUAAGGGCUCCAGCAUGCAGUGCCUCUGCAAGCCCGGCUACGCUGGACCCAACUGUGAGCGCUGUGCCCCAGGAUACUACGGCAAUCCCUUGGUGAUUGGCAGCUCGUGCCAGCCCUGCGACUGCAGCGGAAACACAGAUCCCAACAUGCUGUUCAGCAGCUGCGACUCCCUGACAGGCGCCUGCACGGGGUGCAUGCACCACACGGCCGGCCCACGGUGCGAGGUCUGCACCCCCGGCUACUAUGGGGACGCGGUGACAGCCAAGAACUGCACACAGUGCAAUUGUUCGCCUUGUGGGACAGAGUCGUGCCAUCCACAAACCGGCCAGUGCUUCUGCAAGACUGGAGUGACAGGCCAACACUGUGACCACUGCGAG